AUGGGAGAAAUAAUGGGUGUGUUGAGUAGUUUCCAACAACCUGACAAAAGCUUUGUCAGACUUUGGAAUAGCUUAACAAAAGAGAAAAUGGAAGAGAUGGAGGAAUUGGGGCUGGAAAUUGCAGAGGUUUCUAGGAUGAUAGAUGAAGCUUGCUCUUUGCAUGUGGUUGUAGCUAGUGGUGAAGUAAUGGGUGUGGUUUGA